AACGCGCCUGAACUUAGUUCCCGCCAAAUUGUUCUCGCGCGUUCAUUCUGUUGCUUACUGUUGCUGUUGAAAUAGAGUUCUGUUAAUGAGUAAUCAUUGAUUAUUUCGUAAAAUGGAUAUUGGAGAUACACAGAGUGCUCAUUCACGUGUACCUGACGAAGUUGGGAUUAAAUGUCAAAAGCUAUUUCAAGACUUCUUGGAAGAAUUUAAAGAACACGGAAUUGUAAAAUACCUUGAACCAGCCAAAGAACUUAUAAGUCCAGAACAGAGUACAUUAGAAGUGACCUUUGAUGAUGUGGAUGAAUACAAUCAAGUACUCUCAACAACCAUUGUUGAAGAAUAUUAUAGAGUUUAUCCAUACCUAUGCCAAGCUGUUAGUAAUUAUGUCAAGGAUGUUGCAGACUUGAGAAAAGAAAAAGAAUGUUACGUAAGCUUUGUGGAAGUUCCUACAAGACAGAAAUUAAGAGAAUUAAAUGCUUCAAAAUUUGGCACAUUGAUACGUAUAUCUGGCCAAGUAAUCAGAACACAUCCUGUCCAUCCAGAAUUAGUGUUAGGAACAUUUAUUUGUAUGGACUGUAAUGCUGUCAUAAAAAAUGUGGAACAACAAUUUAAGUUCUGUAAUCCAACAAUUUGUCAUAAUCCAGUAUGUAGUAACAGGAGACGCUUUCUCCUAGAUGUAGAUAAUUCUGUAUUUAUUGAUUUUCAAAAAAUCAGGAUACAAGAAACGCAAGCAGAACUUCCUAGAGGCUGCAUUCCACGUUCACUUGAAGUAAUUUUACGAGCAGAAGCUGUAGAAACUAUUCAAGCUGGUGAUAGAUAUGAUUUUACAGGAACUAUGAUAGUGGUACCAGAUGUAGCAGUUCUUUCACUUGGUGGUGUAAAAGCUGAUCUUAAAACAGCACGUCGGAGGCAAGGAGAUCAAGGAGAAGGCAUAACAGGACUGAAAGCUUUAGGAACACGUGAAUUAACGUAUAAAACAGCGUUUUUGGCUUGCAGUGUCACUCCAACAACUUUUAGAUUUGGAGGUACUGAAACAAAUAUGGAAGAAAUUUCUCAAGAAAUGAUGAAAAAACGAAUGUCGGAAGCAGAAUGGAAUCGUAUAUAUGAAAUGAGUCGUGAUAAAAAUCUCUAUCAAAAUCUUGUCAAUAGUUUAUUCUCUGCUAUACACGGUAACGAUGAAGUUAAGAAGGGAAUUACUUUGAUGUUGUUUGGUGGUGUGCCAAAAACAACGUUAGAGGGUACCUCAUUACGAGGGGAUAUAAACUGUUGUCUUGUUGGUGAUCCUAGUACAGCGAAAUCACAAUUCUUGAAGAGCGUUACUGAUAUUACACCAAGAUCGAUUUAUACUUCGGGGAAAGCAUCUUCUGCAGCUGGAUUAACUGCUGCUGUAGUAAGAGAUGAAGAAUCGCCUGAUUUUGUUAUUGAAGCUGGUGCUUUGAUGCUUGCCGACCAAGGUAUUUGUUGUAUCGAUGAAUUUGAUAAAAUGGACAUCAGGGAUCAAGUGGCUAUACACGAAGCUAUGGAGCAGCAGACAAUUUCAUUAGCUAAGGCUGGCGUAAGAGCAACUUUAAACGCUCGAACAUCUAUAUUAGCAGCAGCGAAUCCCGUUGGUGGACGGUACGAUAGGAAAAAAUCACUUCAACAAAAUGUUCAGUUAACGGCUCCUAUUAUGUCCAGAUUUGACUUAUUCUUUGUUAUAGUUGAUGAAUGUAAUGAAAUCGUCGAUAAUGCAAUUGCUAAAAGAAUUAUUGAUUUACACUGCGAUAAUUGGCAAGGUUUUGAUACAGUAUAUUCACAAUCAGAGAUCGCUAGAUACAUUAAUUUUGCCAAACAUUUUAAACCUAUAUUAAAUCAGGAAGCGGCAGAUUUUUUAGUCGAUAGUUAUACUACACUUAGGCAAAGAACCGGUAGUAGUUCCGGCAAGUGGAGGGUUACUGUUAGAAAAUUAGAAAGUCUUAUUAGGUUAUCAGAAGCAAUGGCUAAAUUAGAAUGCUCAGAUGAAGUUACUAUAAAACAUGUUACAGAAGCAAAACGUUUAUUAAGUAAAAGUAUUGUUACUGUUGAACAACCGGAUAUAGAUUUAGAAAGAGCAGAUGAUGAUAGAAUGGAUGUUGAUAUGGAUGAAGCUCCACCUCUUAUGGAAGCCCUCAAUGCAUUGGAUCAUGAUGUGGAAGCAGAAACUCCUACACAACACAAGAAGAAACUAACAAUGUCUUUUGAAGAGUAUAAAAAUUUAUCUAAUAUGUUAGUGUUGUAUAUGAGAAAUGAAGAAACUCGCGUUGAAAGUGAAACUGAUACUACGAGUGAUACCAAAGGUGGAUUAAAGAAAUCAGAACUAGUGGCAUGGUAUCUUGAUCAAAUACAGGAUCAAAUAGAUUCAGAAGAAGAGUUGUUAGAAAGAAAAAAUUUUAUUGAAAAAAUUAUUGAUAGAUUGACAUAUCAUGAUCAAAUUAUAAUACCUUUAACUACGAGAGAUCAAAAAGACGAAGAAAAUGAUCCUUUGCUUGUUGUACAUCCUAAUUAUAUUAUUGAUGCUUAAAUUUUUUGCUACAACCCGUAUGGAUUAAUUACAUAAUUUAUAAGGUUGCUAUGUCAAUCGUGUACUCCAGUGCUCUUGUGAAUUAACAUUCGUUUCGAGUAAAGAUACAUGAAACCAAUGAUUUAAAA